CAGUAGUAGAGGCUUAACAUGGGCAGCUAAGGGAUAUCUGGGCUGAUAAAAAAUCUAAGGCAAAACAUUUAGCAUUUUUCGGGUAUUUUGCUGUAUCGAGAAUCACCGGGAAAGAAUCUGCAUGUCGAGGAGCUGUGUCUCUUGAAAGUAUUGACCGGUUUGGGAGGUGUUUUGCGUGGCUGUGUGAGCUAGCAGCUAAACGUCAAUUCAGACAGUUAGUACUUUGCUACCGUAGCCUUGAAGUGAAAUUUGUUAGCUUGUAUGACAGCUAGAGUAACUAAAAUUAACCAGGUUGUUUUGAGAUCGUGUGGUUUCAUUUCGCUCGGCGUGCGUGUGAGUUUAUUUAUGCUGCGUAUGACAAAGUGACUGAACUGUAACUGGAUGUUUGCUGAUAGAAAUAGCAGCAGCUAUAGCUAGCAGACUGUUAGCUUGUCAACAAUGGGCUAUAAGAGGUGUUUAAAGACGGCAAGAUCGUUUUAUUUGUUGACCAUCCUGCUGCUAGUCGCUGUCAAAGGAGUAACAGCUGAUGAAGAGCAACACGUAGACGAUGGCCCGGAGCUAAAGUCUUAUCAUGACCCUGACUCUGAUGAGGAGGAUGUUCGUUUGACAUCAGAAAUUGCAGCUGGGGCUUCAGUGUCCGCUGGUCAUGAUGUCUCCCAGCCAGAAGAAGAGAAACCAUCACCUGAGGUCGGGCUGGAGGGAGAGGAGAAGGAGGAUCUGCCCGAGCAGCCUCCUCCAGUUCAGGAGAAACCUAAAGAGGUUCCGGUGGUGAACGGAGGCACAGCACAUGGUGAGCCCUGCAUCUUCCCUUUCCUCUUCCAGGGGCAGGAGUAUUCAGACUGUACCACUGAUGGACGCGGGGAUGGACGGCUGUGGUGUGCUACGACUUAUGACUAUGACCAGGAGAAGAAGUGGGGAUUCUGUGAAACGGAGGAGCAGGCACAGCAGAGACUACAGGCAGAGGAGACAGAGGAACAGUAUCAGUCCAUCCUGAGGGUUCUGAAUACCACGACAAGAAAGACCCAGAAGAGAGAAUUAUACGAAAAGCUGCAGAGAGUAGCAGACAAAGGUCAUCAGAAAGCCAUGGAGAAGGUGGCGUAUGCCAUGCUGUUUGGAGACUAUAUGAAUCAGAACAUCACCAAAGCAAAAGAAAUGUUCGAGAAGCUCGCUGUGGAGGGCUCGCCUAAAGCUCAGACGGCUCUUGGCUUUCUGUAUGCAGCUGGACUUGGCGUCAACUCGAGUCAGGCCAAGGCCUUGGUUUACUACACCUUUGGUGCCCUGGGUGGAAACUUGAUAGCUCACAUGAUCCUGGGGUACAGAUACUGGGGAGGAGUGGGAGUCCCCCAGAGCUGUGAAUCAGCGCUAACACACUACAGGCUGGUGGCAAAUCAAGUGGCCAGUGAUGUGUCUCUGACGGGGGGCUCAGCAGUGCAGAGGAUCAGGCUGCUGGACGAGGUGGAGAACCCAGGAUCAACCAGCGGGAUGCUGGAGGAAGACCUGAUUCAGUAUUAUCAGUUUCUAGCUGAGAAAGGAGAUGUUCAGGCUCAGGUGGGGUUAGGUCAGCUGCACCUGCAUGGAGGACGUGGAGUUGAACAGAACCACCAGAAGGCGUAUGACUACUUCACCCAGGCUGCAAAUGCUGGGAAUACACAUGCUAUGGCUUUCCUUGGCAAGAUGUACUCAGAAGGCAGCGAGUAUCUUCCUCAGAACAACGAGACAGCCCUGCAGUACUUUAAAAAGGCUUCAGACUUGGGUAAUCCAGUGGGACAGAGUGGCCUGGGCAUGGCCUACCUUUAUGGAAGAGGUGUCCCAGUGAACUACGAGCUGGCACUGAAAUAUUUCCAGAAAGCAGCAGAGCAAGGCUGGGUGGACGGACAGCUCCAGCUGGGAACCAUGUAUUACAACGGCAUUGGUGUGAAGCGUGAUUACAAGCAGGCCCUUAAAUUCUUCAACCUAGCCUCACAGGCGAGCCACAUCCUGGCUUUCUACAACCUUGCUCAGAUGCAUGCCACGGGUACAGGAGUGAUGCGCUCCUGUCACACCGCUGUGGAGCUUUUCAAGAAUGUGUGUGAGCGGGGUCGAUGGUCAGAGCGUCUCAUGACGGCCUACGGCAGCUUUAAGGAGGGCGACACAGAUGCUGCGCUGGUCCAGUAUCUGCUGCUGGCUGAGCAGGGCUACGAGGUGGCCCAGAGCAAUGUGGCCUUCAUUCUGGACCAGAAAGGAGCAAAGAUCUUCAGUGAGAAUGAGACAUAUCCACGUGCUCUGCUCCACUGGACAAGAGCUGCAGCACAAGGUUACACUGUGGCGAGGAUAAAACUGGGAGAUUACCACUUUUAUGGCUACGGUACGGACGUGGACUAUGAGACAGCAGUCAUCCACUACAGAUUAGCAUCAGAGCAGCAGCACAGUGCUCAGGCCAUGUUUAACCUGGGCUACAUGCAUGAGAAGGGCCUGGGUAUCAAACAGGACAUUCAUCUAGCCAAGCGUUUCUAUGACAUGGCUGCUGAAGCCAGUCCUGAUGCCCAGGUCCCAGUGUUCCUGGCUCUGUGUAAACUGGGUUUGAUUUACACCCUGCAGUACCUGAAGGAUCUUAAUUUGAAGGAGCUAAUUUCUCAGGUGGACCUGGACCAGCUCCUUGGCCCAGAGUGGGACCUCUACCUCAUGACCGUCAUUGCCCUGCUGCUGGGCACGGUCAUCGCCUACAGACAGCGCCAACACCAAAUCAUAGUCCCCCCUCGUCCGCCAGCUCCUGCCCCUCAACCUGCUCCGGCCCCGCCUCCAAGACCGCCUCAGGAGCAGACGCAAGCCCCGGCUGAGCCGCAGGGUCAGGGAGAAACACAAGCCCAGGACCCGGCCCCCGAGGAGGAACAGCAGCAGCAGUGAGAGCAAAUCAGACAGAGGGACGUUUUGAAAAGAGACUUGGGAUGCUGCUGAACUGUGCAGGCUGAUAAAUCCAUAUCUAAUACAGAUCUGCUGGUCCGCUGCUGAAGACAAAUGGGGGGAUGCUCACGGACAUGGUGUAGAGAGGGAAACACAGACACGGACUCACUAAUCUGUGACUCAGGACACUGCCAGAAUCCUCUCUUCCCCCCAAACAUGGAAAUAACCCCACAGCUGCCACAUUUAAGGCUUUUUGGACUUAACUUAUCAAAAAAGUCUACAUGUUUGGAAUCUGAUAUGUGCGUUAGUUCAGCUCAUGUUCCCUUCUUCUUAUGAGAAAAUCACACCCAGUUGAGCUGCUUCACUCCUCAUCUAGAGCAGCAUUUAGAGGAAAGAAGCUUCAGAAAGGAAAUAUGAUGUUGAAAAAGUUAAUUUGCUACAGAAAGUCAUGUCCUUGCAUGUUUUUCUUGCGUUAUUUUGCAGGCUUUAAUUUUAGGCACUUUUGUUUCAGACACUUCAUGAGUGAACAAGUUUAUUACUUCUCCUGUUCAGUCAACUUCAGAUUAAUUUGACUAACCCCCAGUUCAGGGAGUUAGUUAACAGUGCUAAGUCAUUCUUGAGACAUUGUGUUACUAGUACAAGAAGAAGGCUGUUUGCGUUUUAAAAGGUGGACUAGAAGGAUAGAUACAUUUUAAGAUCACGUUGAUGUUUCUUAGAUUUCCGACUGUGAAGACACACAUGAGAAGUCAGAACUAAUCUGUCAGACACGGAUCCUGUUUGAAAUCCAUGCUGACACUUGGUGAAAGCAGAGUUCAAGGGUUUUUUUAAAUUAUAAAAAAUCAAAGUCCUGUGGAAAACUUUUUUGAGGUGGAGGGUACAUCAGUGUGGGAUUUUUCCAUUAACAGUCUUUUUGUCAUUCUUAUACUUGGAUUUGGUUCGUCUCAUCCCACAGAGCCUGUUUUUCUAAGCCGUGUGUUAGCUGAGGCAGAACUAGAGCAGCCUUAAAUAUAACAGGAUCUCAAACUCUGGAUUGUCUCCACACAAGAGGAAGCAAAAUCUUUUAUUUUGUGAGUGUGUGUGUGUGUUUUCGUUACACAACUUCAGCAGUUGUGAGAACUUCCACCCCCUCACCAAAAGUCAGGGUUGGAGCUGUGAGCUCUGCCUACACGUUUCAGCUCAUAUGGACCUAAAUGUAAAAAAAAAAACAAAAACUAGGGCUUGUUUAGGCCAGACAGUAUUUAUGAAAACAAGAUGAGAAACUUCUGAUUUUGCCACAUGGAGACCAUUUGUUCUGUUCUACAAUAUGUGCUUGUUGCUAGACUUACUGAGAAGUCAUCUGCCGAUACAUCUGCAUGAAGUCAAAAAGGAUGGAAAAAUGUUAUCUGUAGGAGGAGAAGACAUAGUACCUGCGCCACAAAUGAAACACUGGUGAAGAUUGUCAAGCUGACUGCAUUUUUACCAUCGCAGGACAAGUUUAUAAGAAAUUAAUAAAUGAUAUAAGGAUA